AGCAGCCAUUUUAGGACUGUGCAGCGGAGGUAACGGCCGUUGAAAAAUAGCUGUCCUUGUGUUAUAUUUAACAGGCUAUUCACGUAGUGUCGAAUUUGUGAAUAACCCUGAUUUAUUUUGUUUUUAAAAGAAUACGUUGUUUACCAAGUAGCUAUGUCUCGGGAUCGGUUCAGAAAUCGUGGAGGAGGAUUUCAGCGUCGAGGUGGCGGUGGCCCAGGAAUGAGAGGUGCAAUGGGUGCUAGUCCACAUUUCAGAAAUCAGAAUCAACCUUUUCAGAACCGUGGACCUCCUCAACCUGGACCAGCUCUAACGAAACAACCUAACAAUCAGGCUAAUCAAACAAAUCAAGUCACUCCUCAAAAGCCACAAGGGCCUGGUGGACAACCUGGCGUCCAAGUAGUACAGCAGUCUCCCAUCGCUGCUCAGAACAAAACACCAACGCCGCAGGCCGUUGCUAGUGCUAACGUUAAUGCAGGCCCACCGAAGAUUCAAUCGCCUCCUCCCGCUAAGAAAGACUUUACUUCUCCACAGAGCCAUGCAAACAACAAAAACCAGCACAAACCAGGAGCUGGUAACGACCAUAAACCAGGCCCGGGUAUGAACAAGCCGCAACCUAACGUUAACCCCAUCCAACCAAAGCCUGAAAACGACCAGGGCGACCAGCCGCAUGAAUUGAAAGCCACAUUGUCCUUGCUUCGGAGACCCGGUGAAAAGACAUAUACUCAGCGAUGCCGCCUCUUCAUUGGAAACCUGCCCAACGACAUAACUGAAGCUGAGUUUAAGAAGUUGUUUUCAAAAUAUGGGGAGCCUAGCGAGAUUUUCAUCAACCAAAGCAAGGGAUUUGGUUUCAUCCGACUGGAGUCGCGUGCUUUGGCUGAGAUUGCUAAAGCAGAACUGGAUGAUGUGCCGAUGAAGGGACGGCAACUUAGGGUGCGGUUUGCUACACACUCUGCUGCCCUGUCUGUGCGUAACCUCUCUCCUUUCGUGUCUAAUGAGCUGCUGGACGAAGCCUUUUCUCAGUUUGGAUUGGUGGAGAGAGCAGUGGUUGUUGUUGAUGACCGUGGAAGGUCAACUGGCAAAGGCAUUGUUGAGUUUGCCCACAAGCCUGCUGCCAGGAAGGCCAUUGACCGCUGCAACGAUGGCGUCUUCUUGCUGACCACGACACCCCGCCCAAUUGUUGUGGAGCCACUUGAACAGUAUGAUGAUGAGGAUGGCUUGCCAGAGAAACUUGCACAAAAGAACCCCAAAUAUCAGAAAGAACGCGAGCAGCCUCCCCGCUUCGCCCACCGUGGCACAUUUGAGUUUGAGUACUCCCAGCGCUGGAAGUCUCUGGAUGAGAUGGAGAAGCAGCAGCGACAACAGGUUGAGAAGAACAUCCGUGAGGCACGGGAGAAGCUGGAAAGUGAAAUGGAGGAUGCCUUCCACGAGCACCAGGCCAAUAUGCUGCGUCAAGAUCUGCUGAGGCGCCAGGAGGAGCUUCGCCGCAUGGAGGAGAUGCAUAACCAGGAAAUGCAGAAACGCAAAGAGAUGCAGCUUAGACAAGAGGAAGAGCGGCGAAGGCGCGAGGAGGAGAUGUUGCGGCAGCGCGAGAUGGAGGAGCAGAUGAGACGCCAGCGCGAGGAGUCCUACAGGAUGGGAGGCUUCAUGGACAACAGAGAGCGGGAGAUGAGGCUGAAGACGGGUGCUGGCAUCUUGGCAGACACUCCCUUUGGCACACCAAAUCCGAAGUUCUUGGGUGGGCUUGGUUUCGAUGGGGGCAUUGGCGGUGGUGCUCCAUCUGGUGGACUGAUGGGCGAAAUGAGAAAUGAGCGCUUCCCUCAGGGAGGCCCAGGAGGCCCCAGAGGCAUGGGCCCGAAUAACCCAGGGUUUGGGCGGGUGCGCGAGGAGUUUGAUGGGCCUGCCAAGAAGCCUCGGUUUUAAAGCUAUUAUCAGUUCUUUUUUGAUAUAAUGCGCUUUGUCUAGAUUGAGUCAUCAGUCAUAAUUUGCUGUAUAUGAGGACAAUAUUACAUUUUAAGCUUGAAGUCUUGUCUGUUUUGUGGCAAAGUUCCUUUUUUUGCAUUUUAUGUUGUGCUUGGAUAGAUGGGAAUUCUUUAAGAAAUUAGUGGUCAUCUGACCUGCCCUUCCCCUUGACAUGUCCCUCCACUAUAUCAUGCUCUGUGAUGUGACGUGACGUGAUGGUAUAUUUCAUCUUACCUUUCUAUGGUUGUCUUUUGUUUUGUGCCAUUUAACUUUUGAAGUAAACCCUGUAACUUCACAAUAAAGAGUACAGACGGUUAUUUUCAAACUUUCUAUGUUGAUUUUGGUAGUUCUGCGAAUGGCUAACUAGUUCUGAGGCACAAAUGGGGGACAGGGUGCUUUCAUAAAACUGAGCCGUGUAGCAGAUUUCAGCAGUCCUAUCCUAUACGGUGCUUUGGCAUGGUAGCAUGGAUGGGUUUUACGGAGAGCACAGCAAGAUCAGAGAGAAAUUGAGUAAUUGCACAAGACUUGAUCUAACAAAGUAUUUCAAUAGUAGGCCUAGGUAUCCCAAAAUUAUGUAAAUUAUUUGUAAUCCAAAACAGAAUAGCAAAGUAGCUGACGGGCCUAACCGCUUGCCUAAAUAAUAGGCUACAUUUUAAAUGGCCUGUUUUUAAAGAUCACAAUUGAUCAUAACCCUUCACGACUUCAAUUCUUUAUGGUGAAAUUUCAAUAUUGUAUGCGUUUAAAACAAACUAGCCUGAGAAGGUAACCAUUAUUAUUAUUAUUUUUUGUUACUUCCUUCUGUUAAUAUAUGUCACAUUUGAAGACCCUUUUAAUGUAUGGACAGUAAAAGGGGCUACUGCCAUCACAGAUUCUCGCAAUAAGAAUUGGCCCAAAUGAGCCGUUUUGUUACCUUGUAUAUAUCAAUGAAGCCGCUAAAUCGCCCUGAGUGAGCUUAACUGUUAUUGGUCAUGGAAAGGCUCCUUUAUAGUCCUGUAGUUUAAAGAGCAUUAGUCUGUGGACAAUUGAGAAAUUGUAUCCGUUCAAAUAAUGCCAGACAUGGAUAUGCUUCAAACAAUGAACACUAGUCAGUGUGAGUUCCCAAACUGGACUACGUCAUGAUAAAUGUUUUUCUGACAGUAAUAAAGUAUCAAUGAGAAUAUCGCCUGUCUUGUGUUGUAUUUUGAAUGUAUGGCUAUAACUUGGACAACUAGAAAGCAACAGGUAUGUCUAUUGUCUAUCAUGACAAAAUUUAAAUUAUGGCAGUAAUGUCUAACCUGGCGAAGUUGGGGAAGAUGUAACUGCUCGUUUUUGUAUUGAUGGAGCUUGACUUCCAAUGAAGACUUGAGGCUCCUAGCCAUUCUAGCUGGUGGAUGCGAUCAUCCACUGAAUUUUCCAAUUUAGUUUAAUGUAGCAUAAAGUUCAAAGGCGCACAUUUUAUUACAGGCCUGCCUAGAUUGAUGUUGCAUGUUUAGAAGCAGUUGCUUUUCGAUGAAUAUUCAAAGGGAGAGGUCGAGGGUGAUUUGCUAAGGAUGUUGCACCAAAUUUUAAUAUGGAGAUGAUGGGGCAACCAGGGCUCAACAUUAACUUUCAAAAGUAGUUGCCAGCUUGGCAACCAGACAUUAGGUUUUGGUUGCUAUCGUUGAUGGCCUAUUCAUUGUUAAUGUAGUCUACUAAAAUAACAGUAACACUAAUUAUUCUUUAGACACAGGUUUUAAUUUACUUAACCUUUCUUUCACAUGGCCUAUUUGAUAACAGAAAUAGAGGGACAAGAGAACAUGUACAAAUGACUAUAGGGUUUUUUGUUAGACAUAUGACAAUAGUAUGGUGAGAGUAAUAGUUCUGUUGUAGUGUAUAAUACUAAUGUGAUGUUCUGUAGUGCUCCUUGAGGAAAUUGUAAGUGUGCGAGGAAUAGCUUUGCCUCGAUUGAAGUAUUUCCCAAGACAAAACUUGCUCUGUCAUUUAUUGCAGGUUAGCUUAUGUUUUGCGUGGUCAUCAGUUUGGAGUCUUCGGAAAGACAGAAACUAGAAUAAUAUUAGGCCAAAUGUUACUAGUAUUUAGCAUCCCUUGCCUGCACAAAGGCUUUUCUUUGGGGUUGAGCUUCAAGCCCAGAGUCCUCACUUGUUUCUUUUUGCACUUUAAUGUCAGUGUUGCUUACAGAUUAAGUAUAAUUAGUUCUAAUGCAAGAUCAAAAAUAAUUUGACAUGUUUUCUUAUAGGCUAUUGGGCUAAAUCGGUUUUGCCAUUGCGAAUGAAAUUUUAUUUUUGUAUCAAAACCCUGCAAAUGUGGGAGAUAUAACAUUGGCCUAUGUCUGAGCGGGGCUGUAGGAGACACAUCGGAACGCAAAUUUAAACCUCAGCAACGCAUAUUUUCGAAUUCUAUCGAUUAUUAACUGUAAUGAAAUAAAGUACAAGUAAAAUGUAGGCCACAUUAUGUGGAUGCCAUGGGGUGCAACAAGGGUUUUGAUCAGUGGCGGACCGUGAGUUCAACAAUUAGGCCUUCAAUAUGACUAGCCUAUUUUUUGGCAAUAAAUAAAUAAAUUAGGGGGGCGUUACGGGGGGAUCCCCCCGGAGAUUUUUUUUACAUUACAAGGUUAAAAUGUGCAAUUUCCCUGCAUUUCACAGUGGGAGAGAAAUGUUUUCUCUUUCUAACGCGAGUCGGUGUAUCACUAUUUUCGUUACAUAAACAAAUACGUCCGAGCUGAAUUUCGCAUCGUUUAUUGGUAAACAUAACAUCUUUAUUGGGACCUGGCCAUUAUCCUUAUCAGCAGCAUGGGUUUGAGCAGACUAGGCCCUACUUGAAAUAUUUAGGCUAUCGGCUUACUUGCUUCAGACUGUUAGUAGCUCUUCUAUUUAGCUGUAGCGUGUACAGUGCAAUUAUUUUAGUUGCUUCGCUGCUGCUCCGAUUACUCAAAAGCUAGUCAUGUGGAACUACAGGGCUAGGCUACAGUCAGUAUCUUUGCUACAGUGUUUGCCAAACCUUCACGGUACACUAUGAGAAAUGUCUCAACAGAAAAUGUCACAGCACACCACCCAUGAUAUUAAACAUAGAAGUCACAAAACGUAGACCAAAAGUGGAGAUAGAACCUUAUUAUUCUCAGCUCACGUUAUGGCCAUGCCACGGAUUUCACCAAUAAUUUCCACAAAACUCAAAGAGAUCAAAAGUCGGACUAAACUAGCAGGGCAGUAGACUGGCAGUAAACCAGACCUUGGAAGGCAGGGAACCAAAUGACAGUUUGACAUGCCGAUCCCGACAGCUUCACCAAAGUCUCAUCAACUCGCACACAACUUCAAGCUAGCAUACAAUCUAGUCGUACCAAGCUAACAAUCUAGUCGUAACCAAGCAGCACUAAAACACGUUUGUUAUAUAGUAAAGGGCCAGAUAACAAGCAUCUAUUUAAAGUCUUGUGUUAUGAAAUAAACAUGAAACAAAACUUACCAACUCCUGCAGUGACCAGCUACGUGCAGAGUUAUAGCUGACGUUAUGUGUAGCACUAUCGAUAUCUGCUAGUCCAGCUGACACUAUACAUUAUUUUUGCUUAAUGAUGGUUUAUUUACUAUUCAUAACUAUAACCAUAGUCAUGUCAGUAUGACACAUUUAUUUAUCCACUGAAGUCCAGUCUGAUUCUGACACUGGCAGAAGAUGUUCCUCACGUCAAGCCAUAGACAGUAAACGCCUCAAACAGCGUUAACAUUUGUGAUGAACGAUUCCGGGUAUUCUUUUCGAACAUUGCAGGCCUAGCUGCAGUCAGACCUGCCUACCUCGCCAUAAUAGGUCGAUUUGAUUGGCUAAUUAGUCAGAUGUAGCCAUCAAUCAACCCGAAUCCAAAUAUAUGAUUUCUAAUGGUUGCUUAGGUACCGUAAACGCAGUGAUUCCUUGUGAAGGCCUGAUGCGGGCCUUAACAAGGGAACUCAUGGGAUUGGAUGAAAAUAUAUCGCACACUCUCGCUAUUUGUUCAGACAGUCUGUCAAUCAAAUCACAUAGCCGACAGCGGUAGUAGUCGAGAACGAUCGGGGAGAGAAGCAGGAGCAAAUAAUAAAUGGUUAAGUAAAAUGUUAUUAAAGACACUAGUAUUUUUCAUUGGUUUGGAAAUAGUUAGGCCUUCAGAGAAGGCCUUGAAGGCCCUGACGGUCCGCCACUGGUUUUGAUUAUGUUGCCUUAUAGUGGUCGGAGCGCAACUUCACCACAACUUAGGUAUUGUCCGCAAAAAGUACUCUGCAUGGUAGACAAAACUUAAACGUCUUGGAAUGUGAGACGUGAUCAGUGUGGUCAUUGCUGAACAGAGUGCCUCUUCAUUUUCAAAAUCUUUUUUGCAUGCAAGUUUUGAAUACAAAUUUGAACUACAUUUCUGCUCUGGUGUUUCUAGCGGAUAAAAGGAUAUGCUGUGUGGAGGCAGUGAUUAACUGACUGAGGGGGUGUUGCGUUUGGGAUUGCGUAAUCUGCCUGACCAUGGGUAAAAUUGAACAUAACAGAAAUAAUCACUAUAAAUUUGCAGUUUAAGUGUACAAUUGUGCAAUCAAUUGAAGGUAGUCAUGUAGAAGUCAUAAAGAAAUUCUAUUUAAAAAUAUAAAAUGCAAUAAAUACAAAUGCUAUUGUUUAAGUCUUUUUUUUACUUAAAACUCAUUCUCUCCUGUGAACUACAGAUUUCCCAAGCCAUCUAUGACUGCCAACUUGAAAGGCAUGCACAUAGUGUGAAGACUUAUUUUGAAAAGGAAUUGUAGAUGCAAACACUGAAGCAGGCUUCUCCUUUGGCAAGAGUUUGUGACUACCUAGCUUAGCUGUGUAGGCUAGGUAGUGCGUGCAGCUUGUUGGGUCACAAGUUAAACUGCUCAGCAACUUUCCAUAUGUUUGUGAAUUCCCCGAAGUUCCGUGUCAGGUGUAGCUUUCAUUGGAAACGUUGUUUUCACCAUUGCAGAUACAUGGAUUGAUAUCCAAACCAGACGACUCUUUAACGUGGCCUGCGUUUUACCACAUUUUCAAGUUAUUUGCAAAAAAUAACAUUUUGACAGUAUACAGGUCUAGUUGACAUGAAGUCUUCAACAUAGUUCAUCCAUCUACAAUUCUACUCAACAACAUAAUAGCUUAAUUAACUUAACUGCACAAUACUAACUUGCAGGUUUGUUGUGGUAAGUGAGCCUCUCUGAUGUUAACCAACUGAAUUUGCUAAAGUGUACAUGAUGGGUGUGCCUGGGCUACUCACUAGGGCAAAGGGGUUGAAAAAGAUAAGUGAUGCUUUUUUUAUUAUUAUUUUCUUGCCUUGGCGGCAAGUUUUUUUGCUAUGGCGCUCCGCCGCCAAAAGUUGCAAGCAGCAGACACUACUAUUUCUUACCAAAGUGACGGCCCUUGUCGUGGUAUUGUGUAAGUGCAGUUUGUACAAUGCAAAGAGAAAUAACGCUUCUCAAUGUGGCUGUUUAAUCACAAACUGCAGUCCUGCUUUAAGGAAGGUAGUAUUUGCUAGUUCAGACAAAUGCUGUUGCUCACAAACUUUGCCUUCCUCUGUAGUCAGUCAAAACGGUAAUGGUCUCGUUCAUGAAACCGUAGUAGAUUUAAGGACAUCCCCCCCUUUCAAACGUUGUGUACCUGAGACCAUUUGCACCCAUCCUUACUCAAAGUAGCAAUUUUAUCUACAAAGCGUAGGCAACAAAAAAUUUGUGCCGCAUUAAUGGACAUGCACUGGUAGAAUGCUUUACAGGACCAAGAGUUCCUGUGUGUCCAUUUAGCAGUUUGUUACUAAGAUUUAUUGAGUUAUUGGCAGUAGACCCGGCCUAUAUAUGUAUCAGUGUCAGUGGAUGUAUCAAUGUGAAAAUUGUCACUGACCACAGCCCUUCAAGUUUGCUGUCACACAAUGGUCUCUACCACCCAGCAAACAGGAACAACCUGAUAAUCGGUUGCGUUUUUUCUAAAAGUUAAAAGUUUAGAUUGUUUUUGUUUUGUAAAGUAUCAUUUAAAUAGCUUUACAUUAUGUAUCUUGUAGAUGUAAAAGCAUCAUCCAUAGGCCUACCAGUGUAAAAAUCAGGACCGGCUCUUGACCGUUUCUCCAUAAAUGCGUUGUAGUUUUAAAGCCUUUUGGGACCUCUGAAUUGAAGUCUUAAGCCCAAGGAGAUAUUGCUGUAAGCAUUCCCUGCUAUGGGACUUGCUUGCCAGGUGUAGAAGAUAAGUAGAGCCUUGCAUCUGUUAUGUAGAUUACUCAGAUGUCCACCUGGAUAUGUGCUGGCCAACAGUCGUUGUGGCAAAAAGGACCCUCAGGUAAUCCUGAUUUCAUAUCUGUGUGUUGUGUUUGGCUUUCUGUGCGUUUUUUUUCUCUUAACAGGUGAAUCAUGGCAGUUUGUAUAUGUUUCAAAUGAACCAAAUGGUCAUACCUGACCCCACCCCUCGUCUGUGUAGUCAGCGGAUUCUUCCUUUGCAACCAUAGAGGUGGAUCGAACCUAAAAACUAGUUACUCAAACUAGUUGUGACUAGUAGUUAUGAUUUCCGUUCUAAUUUUAACAGCACUAUUGAGCCCCGUAGUUGGAGCUGUAGUGAGACAUUUGAAUAUGAAGGCGUCUGUUUACUGUGCUGAACGUCAAGUGAUGUCAAUGUCUUACUUAUCUGUGUAACUACAAUAAUUACGAGAAUUACAAGAUAAUCAUCUAGACAUUUUCUUGAGACAUACUCUAGUCUGAAGAACUUAAGUGAAAUCGCAUCAAAUAUUUGUUAGUCAUGUAUAGAGUUAUAAGAGUCCUUCAUGUCAAAGUAUAGUAUUUCAUAGGUGAUGUGCCUUUUCCUAAUUGGGCUAUAUGGAAAAUGCAUGUGUUGAGAGCCAUCGAUCAUUUAUCUUCGAAUCUAGUAUAUUAUGUAUGGUAGGUGCAGUUACCAGGAUCACUCAGUGUUGUCUAUAAUUAAAUCCAUGUUUUGUUCACAGGUAUGGAAAUUAAUGUUUUCACAAUUCCUAAAAUCUCCCGAGGCCAGGGUAAAACCAUGGAAUAAAUAAGACAUUUACUUGGUCAACUGUCUGAAAGGGCAAGCAAGUUUAAUCCGUACAUAAGUCAUAACUCAACUUGCUGCUAUUGAUUAAAUCCUUUACUAUUUAUGAUGAUUUGGCCCCUUGCAGAAGUAUCCUUAACUCAUUCACUGCCAUUGACGUCUAUAAACGUCAAUUUAAACACUUAAGUUGACGUCAAUUACGGUUUUCAACGGGGAGGGCUUGGGACUGUACUAGCGAUCCGAAACCGCUUUAAGGCGCCAGUGCCAUUUGAACGAUUAGUAUCCGCCUGCAGAGCCACAUGCAGAGACAUAUAGCAAACACCACCACAGCAGAUCGACCACAGUGGAUCUAGUUUGCACGCGGUCCAGCGAAUAAAUAUGCUACUUACAUCAUGGAAAACACUUAAACGGUAAGAUCCAUUUACAUGUGGAUAUUUCUAUAGACUGACUAACGACUUUGCUAGUGCUCGCUUGCUAAGUCUACGGUCCUGUUCAGAGUCCAUAACAACCAUUAGUGUCUAUAGCAACCUUGAAGAGACUACUUGAAGAGACCACUAAAGAACGGAGAAAGGUAGAAACAAAGCAUUUUUUCCUGAUGAAAGAAGAGUCCACUCUUUCUUUUGGUAGUUUUGGUGUUUACAGUCAUAAAGCUCACUGUUCGGUGGAUCUUGGAAAAACGUUAGGCAGUAUGGAGCGCUCUGCACUGAAAAUGGCUGGCAGCGAAUGAGUUAAGGAUAUAAUAACUCGAUUGCACUGUUAAAAAUUAUUAAGUUGGAUUCUUCAGCAGCUUGAAAUGACAGCAGCUUUUUGUAUUUGCCAAAUGUUUGCUUCUGCCACUUCCCAAGCAGCAAUGAUCCCAAACAGAAAUAUCCCUAACCAGAAAUGCCAAUCACAUUUUAAAGGCCAACCUUGGCUUACAGUGGCAAAAUUCAGUAGCCUCAUCAAAAUACUUGGCAAAGUGUACUUAGUUACUCGAAGGGGACUUAUUUAAACCAUGAGUUGAUCGACACCGAGGACAUCAUAACAUCUUUGUGGCACAUUCUUUGAAGAAGAAAAUUGUGAAGCAUUCCAAGUACUGAGUUCUGAAGCUGACUGCAACAUCACCUGCACAGUUUUGUGCAGAGUACCAUAUCAGAAGACUGUCUUUCUCUCUCAGCCCAUUGUAAGGACACGUGCAAGCCUUCUGUUGUAAUUGAUCUUUUAUUUUGCUUUUUCCAAGAAUCACAGGAAUGUUCUGAGUACCUGUUCCGCAAACAGUGUUACAAACCUUUUGGUCCUUGGAUAAGGAAAUAGGCUUUUGCUCUACUACUCCUGCACAGACUUACAGACAUCACUUUCUUCUUUUUUCCCUUACCACUAUGUUUGGAGUGUUUUUCACUGGGUAGUGCUCCUUCAGGGCCGGUGGCACAAGGGGUGGGGGUUGAAAACCUUUACUCAGGAAAUCGGACACACUCGUCUUCUGGCCAAAUUUGCAGGACUGAACAAGACUAAUGAAUCUGACAGUAGCUAGAAAGCAUGCUUGUUGUUUUUAAAUACCAAGCGAGUGAAUGGAAGAACACUUAACUUAACACUGAAGACAUUCUAAGUUAGGCACAUAGGCUAGCUAUUUCUGUGUAGAAAUUCCUCCCUGCAGAAGAUGUCAGAUGAACAUGUAGACUCAAGAUUUAAAGAGAAACUAUGCAGGAUUGGCGAUUUCAUCUCAAGUUUUGGUUUUGCUUUUCAUUUUCGCUCGUCUUAUGCUUGCAUAUUUCUCUGCAGAGUUUCCCCGACAGCUUUAGCGUGUAUAUUUAUACAUAUAUAGGCUAUAUAUAAAUAUAUAAAUUGCAAGCGUGGUUCUUCUUGUUCCUUACGCGUCUCAGCCUUCCAGAUGUAAACAGGGAGCGAUCGUCUCCUGAACAAACUGCAAGGUUGCAAUAGCGGAUAGGGACACUGGGGGCGGGAGGAAAUAUUACUGUUUUCGAUAAAACUGGUCAGUCAAGCAAAACAACGAUUUCUAAGCGAUUUUAUGACUGAAAAAGUUGCAUAGGGUCUCUUUAACUACAGUAAUUGUGGCUCAACGCCUGAAAUUUACAAAUCAAGUUCUAUUGGCAUAUUGAAUAGCAUAAUCCCCCUACAAAAAACAGAUAUUAAUGAUCUGUUAUUAAUGUAUAUGAAUUAAUUCAUAAUUUGAGAUAAUUAAGUUAUACUAAAAUUCAGGGGUCACUUUCCCUACAUAGCUAGUCAUCUUUCUGUUACUCUAACUUAGUCCUCUACACUUUUUACCCCUCAGUUUCAAGUCCUCAGCCGUAAAUGCUACAUUUGGAGGGAUGCAUCACCACAACCCAUUGAUCUCCAAAAGAAAUCGGAUUCCCUACCCCUACAUGGGAACAUGCAAAUGGAAAUUGGGACCAUUGACUCCUUGUUCCCAUUUUGAAAUGAAGCACAUCCAAAACAUUCCUCCAACAUUUUUGACCCCCUGGCUAUACAUUAAGCAAUCUAUAUUCAAAUACGGACUCCCCCAGAGAAGAACAUUGGUCACACUGAUACUGGAACUGACAAGGAAGUAGUUUGGUAAUAAUGAUAUAGUAAUCUUACUUUCACCAUUGAGUUUGCAAAUAACUAUUAGACUGUAAAAUAUUGCUACCUAUUCAGCACCACAGGGUGAUUGGUGAUCUUGCCCAGUGGGAAACUGUAAAUUAGGCAGUGCUCACACUGACCUGCUUUUUUCACCUUCAAAGUGAGGGUAUUCCAAAGUGAGUUAAAAAGCAUGCGAGGUGGAAAUUGAUACUGUUGCUAUGAUACGUGAUAAUUAGCUAAAUAGCUAGCUUCUUGACUUUGCUAAGGCAGGCAACUAAGCAAUGACCCAUUGUUGCGGAAAAAAACCUUACCUUAACAAAACUAAACCAGAAGUUCAACUAUUUUUUCACUUUGACUGCCUCGUGUUUGUAGAAGUCUCAAUUAAUGAAUCAAUUGCAUUUAUUUUGCAGCUUGUGCCCCACUUUUAUAAAAGCACGUUUUAACAGAUAGAUAGAUAGAUAGAUAGAUAGAUAGAUACUUUAUUGAUCCCCAAGGGGAAAUUCAAGACAGUCACAACCUUCCAUUAGGAUAUAGUUGGAGUGCCCGGAGGUGAAAAAAGUUUGUUAGUCUGAAUGGCCCCUUAAGUAGUUGUUCAACUCUUGUGAUAGCCCCAUAGUUUAUAGAAUAUUGUGAUUACAAAUGAGUAUUAAUGAUGCUGAACUUUGUCAGCCAGUUAGUUAUAAGCGCUAACUGUAAACCUAAGCAUGUGGCACAUGCCACAUGCUUUGUCAACAACUACACACAGGGUUUGUCUUAUAGUACACAUUCCUGAUAUUACACAUUACACAGCCCUGUUUGCAAGGCGUCUUCAUAAAGGCUAUAUACAGUAUUUAGCUAAAGACAAUCUUGGAUAACUCAUGGCACAUAAUGCUAUAUGGGAUUUCCAGCAGUAUUAGGUUUCUGUAUCAACUUGUUCUCUGAAAAUGCAAGACUUCUCCAUAAUUCCACAGAUGCCACAUACGUAAGCCCACCCAUCUGUCAAGCUCUCCUCACCUUGGCUCUCUUCGUUUGGUCUUCAGGGCCUCAGCUCCUCUCAGAGGUCUUGUCUCCUGAGGCAGGAGUGUGUGUGUGUGUGUGUGUGUGUGUGUGUGUGUGUAUGUGUGUGUGUUGUGUGUCGAGUGUGUGCCGGCAUGUUAGCUGUGCGGUAGGAGGGUGCAGCUGGCCGAUUGCAUAUGGAUGAGGAUGAGUAGUGCUGCAGAAGUCAGUGGACUGUUGAUGCCAAGACUUGUGUGCAUCACCAGGUGAUCUUACAGAUCAGCAUAAGAGGUAAGUCUUCUCGUCCCUGUCUCACAUAAAAAAAACCCCAACAAAAAACAAAAGCGAAAAAAAACCUUGACCUAAUAACCCUGCAAAGUCUCUUGGAGUAAUGAGGGGACCAUUGGCACUUUUGCCAUCACACUUCUGAAAUGGAUUCACAGUGCAGAACAUUGGUGGGAUACGUGAACCUUACACUGAAGUGCAUCAAGUCAACUUUUGUCACUGAAUUCAGCUGGUGUGUGUUGAUGCUGUAUUUGGUACUAUGUGAUGUGAUUGCAAGCUUACAGUUGCAUUUCAUGUGACGGGAACUCUUGCGCUUGGUAAAGAAUGGUCUGAUUUGCACCAGCAUAAACAUUUUGAAUCGACCUGAUGUGAGUCUUCAAUGAGGAUGGUUUUCCAACCUUACGGCAGUUGAUGUUUGCGGCGGUUGAGUUGGUUUUGGAAAGACAAAGUGGUUUUGGAAAGACAAAGUAGUUGUCAUCCUUCACUCCUGUAUGAGGCAAGUAACUCCUUCCACUGUUACUUUUUGAACACCCUAUUCUAUAUUCAUUCAUUUUGUAUGAAAUGGCAAAUCCAUAUGACUAGCCUUAUAAGAAUUACACUGACACAAAACUUGAGACAUCUGUAGAUACUCCUAAGCUUUGUCGAAGAAAUUAGCUUUCGCAAACGGACAUCUUGUAUCUUGUGGGGCAAAGAAUCACUGUAUAUUCUCACGGCAACAGCCUAUAUCAAUACCAACUUACACUUACAAGUUACCCACCUUGGCACUGUAAGGGAGGCGGACGCCGCACACUGUUAAAUAUCAAAAACUUAAUGAAGUGAUAAACGUUUUCCACCCACCUUAGCACUGAUCUGAAGUCAUGUGUUCUGAACUCACUCACACAAGGUAGAGUAAUUUGUCCAAGGAGUAGAUGGAACUACUGAAACUUUAAAUUAAGCGUCUUCUGUAGUUCCAAUUCCAGUACUGUAAAAAUUGGUAUUGUGGAAUGGAUACUUGAAAUCAGUAGCAACCAUGAAUGAAUGAGUCAAUUUGGAAACAUUGGCGGACAAAACCCAGCACAUUCUGGUGAAACGAGGACUUGCACACACCGUUGCAUGCAGUGAUUCCAAUUUUUUUUUUCAUGGCAAGCCCCCUAUUCACAAAGGGAUGACGAUAAUUGCCCAUGCCUUUUUAUUUGUUUACAUUUAUGCUUAUUAGCGAUGGCCAGUUGCAUGAAUAAUUAGGCUACCUAUGCCUCUGACAUAUAGGCAAAGCUGUAGGCCUUGGCCAAAUUAUGGCAAGUAUGGUAAACCGGUCAACAGAAAUACACCUCUACAUAAUUAGACUUGUAGUUUAUUUAUUUUUUUUUUACUCAACCAUUAAAAAAAAAAAAAAUAAUGAAGUUUGAGAUUUAUUUUGGCUGUUCCUAAUUACUGUAAAUAUCUACAGAUACAAUCGAUAGACCACCAUCUUUACAGUUUUAGAAUAUCUUAGAACUGAAGGACAUACAGCUCUUAACUCUUUGACUCUCUGUGCACUCUUAUCUCUUUCUUUUCUUCUUUUUUUAAUAUUCAGUUGUCAAUACACUGGCAGUGUUCUGCGGAGGCACCGUGCGAUACUCUGGACUGCACAAGCCUCUGCCCUGUGUGAUCUUAAGCCUAGCAUCAUAAUGGUCAGAAACGUCACAAUUUGACGCAAAGUCCUCAAGGUACCGAAAUGUUUUGCCAGUGAGCAUGGACCAGCCUGUGAGCUUUUUUGGAGGUGUGUGCGUGUUUGUACAGUAGGUGUGUUCGUCUUCUGCACUGUGAUCCAUUUCAUUUGCAAUGCCCCAUGCGGAGUCCCUCGUCUCAGUUGCUGUACAUUGACUCCAAACCAAGCUGAGGUGUGAUGCCAGAAGUGUCCAUCAGGGAAAGCAGGCGAUGCAGUUGCAGAAUCGUGCAAGGAAAGAGUGAUGCGGUCCUGGUACGUGUAUGGCAGUAGAACUGGCACCAGACUUCUUGAGGUCGGGAGGGUUUGCCUAUGAUGGCACACGUGUGUAUACGCAUUCCUGCUUCGGUGUCUGAAGACGACGGUCUCAGAAGAUGCCAGUGAGACAGAGCCCGUCAACCCUGCCUGUAAAUUGGCACAUCACUGCCAUUGGCUCUACGUCAGAUUUCCUCCAGUACAUUAUACAGUAUGCUCUCCUCCUACUGCCUACCAAAUGUGUACAACACUACUGUGUGUUUAUGUCCGUUUCACUGUCACACUCUAUAUGUUGUAACACAUCAUGGAUGUAGCCUUGGGCGUUGGCUAUUGGACCAGAUACUGGUAGAUAAAUGCUGUUACUCUUUGACUAAACCGCUAGUGUAAUUUUCGUUUUUGAUUGUUUAGCGGUUAUACAUUUCAGGGGUUUUUGGAGAUUAAGUUUACCUUUUCCGUCUUUUUUACUAGCCUGCUUCCUAGAUGACGAGCACAGGUUGGAGAAGAUGGUAAACCUAGCAGUCCAUUGAUUUGGAAUAAAAUAAGUUGCCAUUUAGAAUAAGUUAGAACUAUUUAUUUAUUUUUUUCACAUUAGUUGAUGGGACAUUCCUAUCAUAUAUCAGAAAAUAUUUGUUUGACCUGAUAUUAAUUAGAUUUUGUUUAUGGUCUACUGAAAAGGUCUCAUCAUUAUGUCGUGAUUGAGCCUGAAUCCAGCUCAGAUGUACGAUUUCCCGAUGAUGACAUAGUUGUUUUCAGCAUCUGUCUAAGGCAAUGAUGGACGUCUUUUUACCAGUAUCUGGCUCAACAGUCUCUCACUUAACCUUAAUGCAUGUUUAUCCUCCUGUUUUCGUUUCCUUUAAUAAGGCCUACAUCACAUCAGUUGACCUUGUAUAUUCAUGGACAUCAAGUGUGCUGUUGAGUGAUGGGUUUGCGCUGCAUAUUUGUAUCUGUGUACUGACUGUGUUUCUUUUACCACAGGGAUCUUUGGCCAUUGAAGGAGGAUGAGCCCAACUGCACUGAAGUUACAGUGUUAACAGGUCCUCUGAAGAAGCAUAUGGUUGUCAGUGCCACAUGGUUGUGAUGCUGAAUGGAACCGGAGUUGAGUUCAGACAGAGAUGGGCAUCUCCGAAGGAGACUGGACAGAUGAGGAGCAGUGCCUUGGAACAUCGGAUUUUCCCCAGAAUUCAAUAAACAAAUCGAAAGUGAA